CAUUUCAUGGACCGAGCGAAUAGCAGUUUAUUUGAAUGAAUUUUGGAAAAAAGAUUGAAAAUUACAAUUUAACGGAAGGAAAUUUUGGUUUAAAAUUGAAAAAUAAAUAAACAAAUCAUGUCCAAGUGUUAAGCGAUUUGCUGAAAAAAUGUUUAUGUGUAACGUUAAGAUAUUCCAAAAAAGUAAAGACUGACUAACGUGUAGAAUUGGGAGAAAAGAGUUGUUGAUUUUAAGAAAGAUCAUUAAAAUUCAUGGAAAAAAGAGUUUCAAUGGAGAAAAAAAUGGAGGGCGACAACGAAACACCAUCAAAUGCAUCAAAUGACAAAGUGCCAUUCCCGACGAACGAAACCACCAAAUCUCGUUUUGCGAAUAUGGCAAGUCGUGUAAUGAAAAUGAAACGACGUCACUCAAGAUACGAGAGACCGAUAUAUGCAUUCUGGGAACUAUUUUCCGAUUACAGUGAUUUCAGUACAAUCCAUGGUGUACGUUAUAUGGGCGAAAAAAAGCGUCAUUGGAUAGAGAGAUUGUUUUGGUUAUUCGUAGUUAUAAUAUCAAUAGUUGUGUGUUCAUUUCUUGUCUAUAAAACUUGGUUAAAAUGGCAAAAUACACCUGUAAUUGUAACAUUUUCGGAGGAAUCAACUCCUGUUUAUGAAAUACCGUUUCCAUCUAUAACCGUAUGCUCAGAUCUGAAAAUAAGACAAACGAAACUAAAUUAUACCGAUAUUUGGCAUAAAUUAUAUUAUGGAUAUGAAAAUGUAAGCAUUAAUCUCGAUCAUUUACGAAUGGUACAUUCGUUGAGUCCCUUGUGUGACGAAGUUCCAAAGUAUUUGGAGGAUUAUGUAAAAAAAAUGGGAAAAGUUAACGAAACAAAUGCCGAUGUGCAAUUUUUCUCAUAUGCUAAAAAAGCAGCACCGAGACUUACAGAUUUAUUGCAUCGUUGCACAUGGCAUCGCCAAGAGGUCAAAUGUUCAGAUAUUUUCCAUGAAGUUCUAACCGAUGAGGGCAUUUGCUAUAGUUUCAAUUAUCUAAAUGCAUCUGAAAUAUACAAUGAACAAAUGUUGGACGAAAGCUACCAUGUUACGCGUCAUAAUAAAAAGUCAGUUUAUUGGAAUGGUGCAAGAAUACCAAAUAUGACCGAGUCCGAUAUUUAUCCCUAUCGUGUGUUAAGCGGAAGCGAAGGACUCAGCAUUGAUUUACGACUGUAUGAAUGGGAUAUUGACUAUGUUUGCAGCGGUCCGGUGCAAAGUUUUAAAAUUUUAUUACAUUCAGCGGAUGACGUGCCACAGAUGAAGAAGUAUUACUAUCGAAUACCACUCGAUCAUGACACAGUACUAUCUGUGCGGCCAAACAUUAUGAAUACAACCGAGAGUUUGCUAACAAAUUACGAAACCGCGCAACGAAAAUGUAUUGUUGACGGCGAACGACGAUUGGCAUUUUUCAAAAAGUAUACACAACGCAAUUGUCAGCUAGAUAAUUUGACAUUGAGGACAUUUCGGAGAUGUCAUUGUGUUACAUUUGCUAUGCCACGGCUCCAAGCACAGCUCACAAAUUCAAGUUGGCCGAUUUGUCGAAAAAAAGAUGAAUUGAAGUGUGCACGAAAUGUUGAAUAUUGGCUGAUGCAACAAGUCUUAAAUAAAACCGCCAUUAGCUAUGGUUGCCUACCCGCUUGUCGCUCAAUAUCGUAUGAUGCGGAAAUAUCAAUGGCCAAACUCGAUCGAUACAAUCAUAAACGAGCCAUGAAUGGCACAAGUAAAUUGGAACGAAAACGAAGAUACACACGAGUUUUUAUAUCAUUCAAAGAUGAGCAAUUUUUCUCAUCACGCCGUGCUGAGGUUUAUACGAAGAUCGAUUUUAUUGCAAAUUGCGGUGGAAUUCUGGGAUUAUUUAUGGGAGUGUCCAUUCUUAGUAUUGUUGAAGUGUUCUAUUUUUCAACGCUGAGACUUGGAUGCAGCUUGCGCAAGCGACGACUGAUAAAAAAACGACGUUUGCAACAAAUAAAAAUACUCAACGAACAAAACGGUGCAACAAGCGAACAAAUCAACCAUAGCGACUAUGAUAAUUUACCAGAAAUGACUUAUUGAGCACACAAGCCACACUCACCUAAUCUCAUUUUACAAUCGUUAUUUAUUCUUUCAACUGGAUGGAACAAAGAGAACACACAUAUUUUCGUUCAUGUAUAAAAUUUUAAAGGGUAUUUUUCGCGAGUAUACGUCAACUUGUUACAUUUUUGAAACACUUUUAAAUAUUUAGUCAAUAAAAAUAUUUGCACAUUAGUUUUAAGAGGAUUGUUCUCUUUAUUUCGAUGGGUAAAUUAUGUGUUUUUUCUUGUUGUUGCAUGAUAUUGAGGAAGAAUUCCAUAUCAAUUCUUUGAUUUAAAUAAAGUCUCUUUCGCACGCUUUCGCAAAUCAAAGAAACUCAAUUAUCAAACAAGUGAUCCAAUAUGAACUAGGGGGGUGGACAGUGUCUACUAGGCACAAUAGAGAAUGAAUGAAUUCCAAUGAAUUGUCAUAAUACCUAUCUACUUUCAAA